AUGGAUGCCUACUGGCGGGAGAUCAGGAAGCUCGAAGCUAAGUUCUAUGGUCUGGAAUUCCACCACGUCCCCAGGGAUGAUAACGUGGCGGCAGACGUUCUGUCCAAGCUCGGAUCCAAGUGGUCCAUCGUACCACUCGGCGUGUUCGUUCAAGCACUCAAUGGCCCUACGGUCAAGAUGGAAGAGGAACCUCCCACAAAGCCCGACUUGGUCCCAGCCAUAGGGCAGCAGGUUCUUACUCUUGACACCGACUGGCGCUCCCCCAUCAUCGACUUCAUCAAGAACAACAAAAGCUACCCAAAGGGAAAGGAGCAUGAGAAGAUUGCACGGCGAUCCAGCAACUAUGUUGUUAUAGGAACCGAGUUGUUCAGGCACUCAGCAUCCUUAGGAACCCUAUGCAAAUGCAUCACACAGGAUGAAGGAGUCCGACUCCUUAGCUAUAUCCACUUGGGUAUCUGCGGCAACCAUGCGAGAGCCUCUACCCUCGUGGGGAAGACCUUCCGAUCAGGGUUCUACAUGCCCACGGCCCUGGCCGACGCCCAAAACAUCAUCAGGCGAUGUCCCGGGUGCCAGUUCUUCUCCAAGCAGCAGCACGUCCCGGCUCAGGUCCUACGGACUAUACCACCUUCUUGGUGA